AUUUUUUCUUUUCUUCUUGCACCGUAUUUAUUUCCACUUCUUAAUGUGGAUGUAAGCAAAAACCAUUUACGAAUCCUAUCUGGGUGUUUUUCCUCUUCCUUUCAUUUCGUGAAGGGUUUGAUAAAGUUUUGGUCUUGAUUCAACUAUGGCAAUGAACAAUCACUUGGAGCAACUGCCAAUGGAGAAGAAGCCGAAGACGAAAAUCGUCUGCACUCUGGGUCCUGCAUCCAGGUCAAUACCCAUGAUCGAGAAGCUUCUGAGGGCCGGCAUGAACGUCGCUCGAUUCAACUUCUCUCAUGGCUCCCAUGAAUAUCACCAAGAAACCCUUGACAAUCUCAGGACCGCCAUGGUCAACACUGGUAUUCUCUGCGCCGUCAUGCUUGACACCAAGGGGCCAGAGAUUCGAACAGGGUUCUUAAAAGAGGGAAAAGUGCAACUAAAACAGGGUCAAGAAAUCACCAUAACUACUGACUAUAGCAUAAAGGGUGAUGAGAAGUUGAUAAGCAUGAGCUAUAAAAAGUUGCCUGAGGAUGUCAAGCCAGGGAUGGUUAUACUAUGUUCAGAUGGCACAAUCUCAUUUAAGGUCCUAUCUUGUGACAAAAAAAUGGGUUUGGUUCACUGUCGUUGUGAGAACUCUGCAGUUCUUGGUGAGAGGAAGAAUGUUAAUCUUCCUGGGGUUAUUGUAGAUCUUCCAACCUUAACUGAUAAGGACAAGGAUGAUAUCUUGAAGUGGGGCAUACCAAACCAAAUUGACAUGAUAGCUCUGUCCUUCGUUCGGAAAGGCUCAGAUUUGGUGGAGGUCCGAAAGCUGCUUGGAGCACAUGCUAAGAACAUUCUUCUUAUGUCAAAGGUUGAAAAUCAAGAAGGGGUGGCAAAUUUUGAUGAUAUCCUAGCAAAUUCAGAUGCAUUUAUGGUGGCAAGAGGUGACCUUGGAAUGGAGAUUCCAAUUGAAAAGAUAUUUCUAGCACAGAAAGUGAUGGUCUACAAGUGCAACAUUCAGGGAAAACCUGUUGUCACAGCCACACAGAUGUUGGAAUCCAUGAUUAAGUCACCUCGGCCAACUAGGGCUGAAGCCACUGAUGUUGCUAACGCUGUACUUGAUGGCACGGACUGUGUCAUGCUAAGUGGUGAAACUGCUGCUGGAGCUUAUCCAGAGCUUGCAGUCCUGACCAUGGCAAAAAUAUGCGUGGAAGCAGAAAGCACACUUGAUUAUGGAGAUGUCUUCAAAAGGGUCAUGGAACACUCACCAGUGCCCAUGAGUCCAUUGGAGAGCCUGGCUUCCUCUGCUGUUAGAACAGCUAACUCGGCAAGAGCAGCUCUUAUAUUGGUCUUAACCCGUGGAGGAAGUACUGCAAAACUGGUGGCUAAAUACAGGCCUGGCAUGCCUAUUCUUUCAGUGGUUGUCCCUGAAAUCAAGACUGAUUCCUUUGAUUGGUCUUGCAGCAAUGAAGCACCCGCAAGGCACAGCCUAAUCUUUCGUGGGUUGCUCCCACUGUUAUAUGCAGGUUCUGCAAGAGCCUCUCAUGAAGAGACAACAGAAGAAGCACUGGAAUUUGCAAUUCAGCAUGCAAAGGCAAAGGGAAUGUGCAAGAAAGGAGAUUCUGUUGUUGCUCUGCACCGGAUUGGAACUGCAUCAGUAAUCAAGAUCUUGACCGUGAACUGAGAUAAUCAGAGAGUAAAAUUUUUUGCUUUAUAUCUUAUAUUUGAGGUCACUUGUAGUUCAAGGAGCCAAUGCUGAUUAUGACAAUCAGCUACGUUUUGUUUUACCUUUUCUUGGGUCCAACAAACUCGGUUUUGAGUAUAUUGUUUUCAUAGCAGACUAAAUUCGGCUUUAUAAAACCACUACUCUUCAAGGCAUUUGUUAUGUAUCUACUGUUUUGUUAGUUCUGCUCUCACUUCUCCAAAGGUAGUUAGGUAGAAGACUAGGAGUUG